AUGAAACGUCAAUUCGGGAUUGAUUUUGUGACUGUCGUGUCCAGUUCAGGUCUAGACGAGGUCGGGAUAGUCCAGAAGUCAAGGCUAGAUGACUUACAUGACGUCAUUAAAGUCACAGUUAAGUCAUCCUGCACUGCGGAAGAGUUAAACACCGACGCCAUCUUUCUAGAAGCUGUCGACGGUGGGAAUAAAGUACUCACCAAAGACAACAAAAACAAGUGUUUCGUGAAACAGGAAGUGACGUCACUCAGACAAUCGGCCUUGCUUUACCUUCACACCCGGAAGUCCCUUCUGGCGGACAUGACGCUUCCGGUGGCCAUUUUGAGCGAGGAGGAAGAGAAAUUUCUCACCAGGUCGGUUGUGGGUAACCAGACGGUGUACGAUGGUUACAGUGUAGCCCUGCUGAACACGGUAGCUGACUCGCUGGGGUUCGAUUACCAGUUCGUGUCUGUCGAUGAUGGCGGGUACUAUGGGACGGUCUUGGACAAUGGGGAGGCAACUGGCAUCACAGGUCAGCUUGCCAGAAGAGAGGCGGCACUAUCAACAAUGCCGUUGAGCCGGACAGACAUCAGAAGCAGGCAGAUCGAUUUCAUAAUGAUACCCAUAGCGGUGGAGGACGUGACUAUCAUAUACAGGUCUGGGUGGCAAAGACGCUUACUUCCCAUUGAAGACGCCUAUGUGGACGUGACCUACCUAGACAUCAUCCAGCCCGAGUUCUGCCUCUACCUGAUUGGUCCGCUCCUGUUUGUUGGUGCCCUGGGUGCUGUCAUCCACGUGCUGACGUCAUCAUGCCACUCGUCUGCACCUGGCGAAUUCACCAAACAGAAAAUGAAGUCACUGACCACAUUCCCUGACCACAUCUGCUUCCACACCGAAAGAAAAUACAAAGUCCAGUCCGGCCUGAUCCUCCGGACAUCCUGGGCCAUCUUCUGGUUCAUCCUCAGCUCGGCCUACUCCGCUUACCUGGUCACCACCUUCACGGUCAAGACACCGGAACUGAGCAUCAAAACCUUCAAACAGCUCCUGGACCACCCGGACUACAAAUUUGGAAUGGUUAGCCAUGACACUGCCUUGCAGACUUUCCUCAUGGCAUCAGAAGACAAAACUCUCAAACAGGUCUGGAAACGGAUGGUCGAUCGCAACAAAACUGACCCAUCCACUUUCAGCUCAGUCUUAGACUCCCACCUUCAGCGUGUGCUUCAGGGUUCCUACGCGCUAAUCUCCGAAACACAAUUCGAUUUGUUGCCUGUAAAAACGUACCCAGAUGUCCGAAGCUAUCCGCAAAGGGGUUUUGAAGAAAUAAACAACGUGUACGUUUCAACCCCGAAGAAUAUUUUCUACACUGGAGUGUUGUCAAAUCUUCUUCUGUCUUUCCAAGAAAUGGGAAUCUUUACAAGACUGAAAAUGGCCUAUUUUGCCAAGGACCGGAUGUCAAGUGAUAGUAGUCAGUUCAGCGAAAACAAGGCCGUGACCUUUCACCGGAUUCAACUUCCGGUGUACUUCGCGGCUGCCGGGUUAGCUUUUGGUGUUUUGGUGUUGGUGUUUGAGAUCGUGGUGUACAGGUGUACACACCACAAGUACACCGUCACCGGAAGUGAACGGGGUGUGAGGGGUGAUCAAGCGGAAAUAGAUUACAUUUAA